AUGACUAUGAAGAGGAAUGUCUCCCAUCUGGAAACCAGCAGCGUGACCUCCGGCCACUGGGCAGUGGGCAUGAUGUUUGUCAUUCAGACCCUUGUGGGGGUCCUGGGGAAUUUCUCUCUCUUGCUCCAUUAUGUCUCCCAUUCUUCCACAGGGGGCAGAUUGAGGCCCACAGAUUUGAUUCUCAGACACCUGACUGUAGCCAACUUCUUGGUGAUUCUCUCGAAAGGAGUCACCCAGACCACAGCAAGUUUGGGGGUGGAAGAUUUUCUAGGGGAUGCUGGUUGCAAAGUGAUUUUCUACACCCACAGAGUGGGCAGAGGUGUGUCCACAGGCAGCACAUGCCUCCUGAGUGUCUUCCAGCUGGUCACCCUCAGGCAGUGGACCCCACGCUGGGCUGAGCUUAAGGACAGAGCCGCCAAAUACCUUGACUCCUCUUUGAUGCUGAACUGGGUGUUGAACCUGUUGAUCAAUGUCAUGGUCACUGUGUGUGUAACUGACAGAUUGGGCAGCAAAAACAUUACAGGACAAAGAGAUUUUGGUUACUGUUUUGUCUCCUUUCGAUAUGAAAUAUCAGCCUACAUCUAUACAACAUUGUUGUCAGUCCCUGACUUCUGCUCUCUGGGCAUCAUGGUUUGGGCCAGUGUCUCCAUGGUUUCCAUGCUAUACAGGCACAAGAUACAAGUUCAACACAUCCACACCACCCGCAGCACCCCCACAGAUUCCCCAGAGACCAGGGCCACCCACACCAUCCUCGUACUGCUCAGCACCUUUGUGUCCCUGUACGCCCUCUCCUCUGUCUUUCACAUGUGUCUCGGCCUCUCCCCGAGUCCCAGCUGGGUGCUGGUGAAUGUGUCUGCGCUGUCAGCUGCAUGCUUCCCCACCAUCUGUCCCUUUGUGCUCCUGCGCCAUCACCCCAGUCUCUCUAGGCCCUGCUGUGAGACACGUGCCCCCCAUGUCAUCAGAAAAGAUUAA